AUGAUUCUCAAAAGAAUUCAAUAUCGGCUAGGGAUGACGACGAGGAUGGCAGGAUUCGGCGAGGAAGAAAGUGGGAUCUCAGACAGUGAGAUCAUAGAGGGUUUUCUGCGGCCAAAGAUUGAAGGAGAAGCAGUGGCGAUUCCAGGAUUGAUAGUGGAAUUGGGGGAGGAGUUGUACACUCGAGAGCCAUGGCUCCUUCCUCAGACAGACCAUCCCAUCCUUAACCCUCGAGAGUGGCUCUACUUGGGGAAACCGAAUCGAAAUAAUGUCCCCGUUGAAGGAGUUGAUCACGAAGGGUGUUGGGUUCGCAUUGGAAGUGCCGUCUUGAUCCGAUCCGAGGAGACUGAUGAAAUAAUUGGGGGAACGUCGAGAUUCAGAUAUCGCUUCAGGAACAAGGGGGACAAACAUGCUCUGAGGUGGAGUAAUUGGUUCAUGAAAGAGUAUCGUCUCUUUAACCCAACCCCUCAUGUUAUUUGCAAGAUUACUGAAAAGCUGUCCUAAGAUAAAAUUUGUUUCUGUUUUAAUUUUUUUGUUUAUGCAAUGGACUCAGAUUCCAUUCCAUUCCUUGUGUUUCAUUCGAAUUUUAAUAAAUCAAUAAGUUUUACUCA